AUGGGAUGUUGCUGGGGAAAUCGAAAGAAGGAGGUCGUGGGGAUUGCUGAUCAAAAAUGGGAAUAUAUCAAUCUCUGCGACUUCAAGAGUAGAGGAUGCGGUACCGUCUUCGCUUAUAUCUACCUCUGGCUCAUGCUUUUUGUCUCAGUUGCUGUCUACGCCGUCGACAGCUUUACUGCUGUCAACCUGCUCAUUUUCGAUCGCUGGUCUUCAAAGAUUGACCCUGCCAUUUCUUUUGAUGUCUCAAAAUGGAUCUUCUCCAUCUGUAUCAUUCUUUCAUUUGUCAACCUGGCCUAUGAGGGUGUCCGUGCCUUUCGAGUGAUUCGACGGGGCAAUGUAGCAGAAUCCUACCUUGACAGUUUAGCUGUCCGCUGGGAAUCAAUUCGUCUUGGUUCCCAAGGAUGGAAGAGGUUCUUAGUCUUUGCUGAGCUUACCAAAACUUGGAUCCGUGUCAUCAUCUGUUCAGGCCCUCGUCAAGUUCUCAAUGCCUUUACGCUCAAGUCAGUGUAUGAGGCACAAUUGACCCCAACCGCCGACAAUGUUGGCGACUCUAUUACCGGAUUCUUCGAGAAGAUCAAGAUUCUAGCCGAAGAAGAUUACCAACAGGCUGUGAUUCUCUCCGGCAUGUGUUUCACUGUCGUUAUUUGGGUUUUUUCCGCCCUGUUUCUCUUGGCUGCCGUUCUUUUCUGGGUCUUCUUCCUAUACCAUUGGAUCCCUGCUGCUGAUGGUGGUCUUUCUGGUUACUGUGAACGAAAGGUUACCAAGACUCUGAUGAAGAUUGUCACCAAGACGGUCAACAAAGCUCUGGCUAGAGAGGAAACCAACCGAAUGAAAGCUGAGAUUAAGGCUAGCAAAAAGGCUGGCGAGAAAUUCAAUAUUGAACGCGCUGCAACUCUUCCGACUUUGCCAAACGUAGGCCCGGUCGAAAAGAUGGGUCAGCAUCCUAUGCUCAACCGCAACGACACUAUGACGACUCUGCCACCUUAUACUUCACGUCCAGGAACACCAGGCGGUACGGACGUCCCUCCGGUUCCACAAGUGACUAUGCCGACCAGACAAAACACCACGGCAUCUAUCGCAAGCUUUGCAUCCCGGGCCACUUCUAGGUCAGGGGCUGGUUAUGGUCGACUUGCAUCCCCUGUGCCUGAGGUCCCUCCUCUAAACUACGGAGAGCAGCCUCUUUCACGGACUGAUACCAUGAACUCGCAAGGGAAUCAUGGCCAGUACCCGGCAAGCCAACCGAUGGCAGAUCCAGUGCAAUUCAUGCCAGGUCGAUACACAGAAAGCCCCGGCCCCAUGCAUUCUAAUAAUGCGCCAUUCUACCCCCCACCAGCACGCGCACCCAGUGCUCGUCCGAUGGAUACUUUUACACAACCCAUGGGUUCAUUUGCACCGUCGCAGGCACCUCCUCCUAGCUCGAGAGGAUAUCAAGCUUACAACCCUGGAGGACGCACUAGCACUGCGGCCUCUGUAAUCUCCCAGCAGAAUGGACCUGCGAUGCAACGUCAGUUCAACCCUCCCGUCCGUAGUGCUACAGGACCGAUGCCUCAACGAGACCCUCCUCGUAGAAACUUGACCAACCCUAUGCCGCCCCGUUCAGCAAGCGCUAGACCGGAUAGGGCCCCUCCUUACAACUAUGAUGUUGAAUCGCAGCGAGGAGGAUAUGGUUGGUAA